AUGGACCCUUUCUCCAUUACUGCUGGAACGGCGGGGCUGACAGAUGUCACCUUCCGUGUCAUUAACUAUCUUAUCGUUCUGAGAGGAGCCUCCAAAAAGAUCCAGGGUGAAGUCGACAAGUUGGCCAACGAAGUCAAAGCUCUAGCAAAUGUCAAUGAGUUGGUUGAGGAGUUGCCGUUUCGCAGGCAGGACUGGGAUACCCUGAGCCCACCAGCGGACCAUGGAGCUACCUUGGAGCUUCAGGAACGUUUGGCAUCUACCUUGCUGCUCAGCAAAGGUGCCGUCAAAGAGCUCGAAGCCUUGCUGAUCGAGGUCGUUGGAAACAAAGAUGCCGUCAUAGCUGGAAAAUUCGAUGGCCUCAAAGCGACCAUUAAAUUCCAGAACCGGCAAGACGACUACUCCCGAUUAUGCCACCGCAUCCACAAUUACCAGGACAGCAUUCAAGUAUUAUUGUUGUCACUGAACAUCAUGUACAUACGCCAAUCGCUUCCACCAAGGGAUCUUGCGGUUGGCAACUUCCCAGAAGAGUUGCGGCGUCAAAUCACCAGGCUAAGAAUCAAAAUGAGCAAUUUUCGCCAGGACCCCGGAACGUUGGCCGGUGCAGGCGAUGCCACCUACUCUAUCGAUUCUGUGUCUGCCGUGGCAUCACUCAUCAGGUUCAAUGAGCAUUUCGACAUUCCCCAAAAUGUCAGCAGUUAUUACACCGGCCGGCAGCGACACUUGAAUGAACUGAGAUCCAUAGUCGGCAUUGGAGAAUUGCACCAACAUCAAACCCAUCAGAAACGCUUCGUCAUUUCCGGUCUCGGCGGGUCUGGAAAGACCCAGUUCUGCUGCAAAUUUGCACAGGAUAAUAGAGAACACUUCUGGGGCGUCUUUUGGGUCGAUGGGAGUUCUGGCGAUAACGCUCAACGCUGCUACUCGGAAAUUGCCAAGGUUGGUGGUGUUGAACCGAACGAGAACGCAGCAAAGAACUGGCUUUCCGGCCUUCAGUUACCUUGGCUACUUCUUAUCGACAAUGCCGAUGACCCCGAGAUCGAUGUGGCGCGCUACUUCCCGGGGGGCGAAGGAGGCGUCAUACUCAUUACCACACGCAACCCAAGCACUAGGAGUGAUCUCCUUCUGGCGGCAGCCGUGCUACCGCGUCCAUGGGAAGUGCCGACGAGGAGUCAUGCAGACCGAAUCGCCCGAGUCCUGGGAUAUCUGCCUCUCGCGCUCAUCCAUGCCGGAAAGACCGUUUUGGACAAACUGUGUUCACUCAGUGACUAUCCUGAAUACUACGAACGAACUUGGAACAAAAUCCGCCGUUCUCGAAGUCGAAGAGCCUCCCAUGGCCAUGAUGAUGAGCAUGUGUCUAGCAUGAGUGUGUAUUCUUCAUAUGAGAUGAUCUAUGUCGGCCUCGAAAACAAAACCGACCGGCGUUCAAGGGAUGCCCUCGAGCUAUUAAAGAUGUUCUCAUUCUUCUACCGUGAGAACAUCGAGUUUGAUCUUAUCAAAACUGCAGCAACGAACCCCCGGCGGGAGCGAGGAGACGCCCAGGCUACGGAACACACUGAAGAACAACAUCUAGCCCCUCGGCGACCUCACACGUGGAUGGACAAGUUUUACAGCUGGGCUAUCGGAAUCACGGAACAGCUGAGGAGGGAAAGGAUCGCUCUCCCUCAUGUUCUGCGGGAUGAGGACGACACCCCAUUCGAUGAAGACCGGCUACGUAUCGCGCUCUCUCUUCUGGUGCGCCUCGGCAUGAAACAAAUCAAGAAACGCUUACAAGACAAUCAGCGAGCCCGGGAGUAUGUGAAGUUCAGUCUGGUAUACCUAAGUUGCGGAGACUGGGCCAAGGCAGAGGAGCUUCAACUUCAAGUGAAGGAUUACCUAUUCGCGACACUCGGCCCCGAGUCCAAAUAUGGUAUCGACAUCGCUCUUUUGUUGUCGACUACCUACGUCUUGCAGACACGGACCAACGAGGCUAGAGUACUACAGUACCAGGAAGUGAUCGAAAAGCUGUCCAAAUUGGAAGCGUUUGGCCCCGAGCACGAGAAUUUCUAUACCGCAAUUGACAACCUUGCCAAGGUCAGGCUUCGCUAUUUUGAUAUGGAAGAGGCGGUCCGGUUACAAGAGUUGGCGUACAAGGGAAUGAAGAGGAUUUUGGGCCCAACGCACAGGAAGACCUUGGAAGCCCAAGACGAUCUGGCUGGAAUCUACGGUUCGACGACGCUGAAGAGAUCUUUCGAGAAGGCUUGCCCGCCGCCAAGAGAAACCUGGGUGAGACUCACCUUGGAACCCUUGCAGCUCGAACUUGGCAUGGGCAUCUUUACUGGCGCCAAGGGGAAUAUUCGCAAGCGGCGGACAUAUGGGAAGAUGUCAUCCAAAAGCACAAUUAUGAGCAAUCGAAACGUGCGGAUGGGGAGCACCUGGAUCGGGUCCAAGCAAUGUGGUUCCUCGUCCACUGUUAUGGGGACCAAGGCAGAAUCGAUGAUGCACUGA